AGCGAGCCGCGCCCCCUCGCCGUGCAUCCCUGGGCGCGCGCCCAUCCCUGGCGCCAGCGGCGCUCGGCCCGCCGAUUAGGGGCCGCCAGACGCCCCUUUUAUCGGGGGCCGGGCCCAUGGCGCAAACCGAGGGUGCCCAGGAUCUGGAGAGCGGCGUGCUCGCCAGCCACUGGCUCGGGCCGGAGUCGGAGGAGCUCACCCUGAAGUCGGGGCUGCUGGCGAUCAGGGGCGCCCUGGGCGACAGAGGGCUGCUCGACUUCCCGAGGCGGCCCAAUGGCACGCCGCUGGUGGUGAGGCAGGGCUUCUUCGAGCGGCUGCUGAAGGGAGAGGCCACCCUACAGAAUGUUGCUGCCGCGGACGCCUCUGCGGCAGAGCCGGAUGUGAAGAAGCUGGGGCUGCAGCAGCUGUUGGCCAUCCGCUGCCAGAGCUUGGACUACCACCCGACAGGGAAAGACCUGGACCCCAAGCGGUCUUUCCUGGUGCUGGUGGACCAGUGCAUCAUGCCUCUGUUGGGCCAGCGACUGCUCGGCGAAGAGACCAAGGCGUUUUCAGAGGCACACCGUGCCAUCGUCAUGCGGCAGGUCGUGCUGAUCUACGGGGCUAACAGGAAUCUCAUCGAGAAGGGUGUAACCCUGGGCAGCGACUGGUGGCUGCUGGCCGUCGGAGGCACGCGGCGCUACCUCCACCUGGGGCGUUGCGAGGUGACUGGCACCACGCCCUCCGGGGCAGCGUGCUGUUACCGCAGCUACACCGCGCGCAACCCACGCGACCCGCGCCACUCGCGCAUCGCGAAGAAGAGAAAACGGCAUAAACAUACACCUUCGACUCAUUUACGCUUCACACAGUUAUCCCUUCUUCCGGCAUCUUGCGGUGGCAGGUGCUCCUCGUAGAGGAGCCCGGGAAUUGGACCGAGGACCCCCUGGCCACCGAGCAGCGGACCUCGAAGACCGCGCGGCUCACAGCCGCCAAGCCCGGCGGCGUCAAGCAGAGCAGCCCAGCGACCGGCGCUGGGUCUUCCCCGGCCGCAGCCGCGCCAGCUGGAGGUAGCGGUUUCACGUUGUUCGGCGACUUCGACGUGGAGGAACUAUUCGACGAUCUCGAGGACACCACCAGCGGCGCUGGGGGCGACAGCGGCAGCCCCGGAGGCGACGCCAAGGCGCCGCCCGCCCAGAGCGACGACAUCGACGACUUCUUCGACUCGCUGCUGGACGGCCUCGACGCGCCGGCCCCGGGAGCGGGUGGCGCGCCGCUCUCCCAGGCCGCUGGAAGCGCGAGCGCCGCAGCGGGCG